CCCUGACCGCAUACUUUGACUGCAUGCUCUGACUGCAUAUCAGUUAUCUACAGUUACUUUGUUAGUCAGGCAAGCUUAAGUAUUGAUUUAGGUUGAAAAAGGCUUAAAAGCUACCUAUUAUGCCGCCGUUGUCCUUAAAAGCCGACAAUACGUCGAAUCAACAAAGCGCAAGGCCUGAACACCCACUGUCGACUUCCGUAAACCGAGCUGGAAACAACGUUGGGCCUGACUCAUUCGAUCAAGAAAAUCACCAGCCGACACUUAACAAACAGACAGCUGUAGAUCAGGCUGGGCAGGCCGGCGAGGCUCGCAUAUCUCAUAUAGCGCAGCCAGAGCAACGAGCGAAUCGAGACGUAGAGAAAACCAAAGAAGCUUUUCGCCAAGAACGAUUGAGGCGUCAGCCACAAGAACAACUUCGACAGACGCAAAGUCAAGGCAGAGAAAAUCAAAAGAAGAUGAAUCAAACAAGGUCUUUCGGUGACUCUCCGCCUGUCGCUGCCAACGCGUUCAGAACAGCACGCGAAAUGCAUCAAGGAUCCGAGUCAUCGGCGAGCGCCCUCGACCAAGCUCAACCACGACAAUCUCAGCAGUAUCAAGACUACCAUCCAUCCGAACUAAUACCGACUGGGCCUUUCACCCUCGGUGGGCCUCUAUACCUUACUGAUAUAAUGCAACGGCUAUUUCCCGAUGACGAUGAUGAUUAUGAUGACGAUAGCGACGAUAACGCUAAUCAUGGCAGAAAUACCUAUCCGCAUUUAGCGAAGUCGGGGGAGCAGGAGAAAGAAUUACAGAAUUUCUUAACAAUGCCAGAAAUUGACAUUUCCCCGGAACAGCGAAUGAGCACGCCGGCUUCAAUGUCUUGUACUCUGAUGGAACAUCAGAAGGUUUGCCUAACUUGGUUGAUACAGCAGGAAGAAGAUGUCCACAAGAAGGGGGGUAUUUUAGCAGAUACCAUGGGUCUUGGUAAGACUGUUCAAGCACUGGCCUUGAUUCUUGCACGCCCUUCAAAAGACCGCGCUCACAAGACAACGCUUAUUAUCGCUCCGCUCUCCCUCCUCAAACAAUGGGAGAGGGAAAUUCGGACCAAGGUCAAACCAGCCCAUAAGCUGAACACAGUCAUAUUGCAUGGCCAAAUGAAGGCCAAAAUGACUGUCCCUAGGCUCCUCACCUACGACGUCGUCCUAACAACUUAUGGAACCAUCACUUCCGAGUAUAAAAACCUGCCAAAUGCGAAGAAGAAACCGCUAAUCCUAGCCAAUAAUGCCAUCUUCCAUCGAGUCAUUCUCGACGAAGCCCACACCAUCAAAAACAGAAAGGCUAAAGCUUCGGUAGCUGCGUGCAGGAUUAAGUCAACUUACAGGCUUUGUAUGACGGGGACGCCGUUCAUGAACAGACCCGAGGAAAUAUUUUCACUCGUCCGUUUUCUUCGUAUUAAGCCUUAUAGUGAAUGGGAUGCAUUCAACUGGGAAAUUAAUAGGCCGCUGAAGAGUUGGAAUGAAGACUUCCACGACAGUGCCUUGAGGAAGUUACAGGCUCUAUUCAGGAGUAUAACCAUGCGGCGGACUAAGACGAGCAUGCUUGACGGCAAACCCAUCCUCCAGCUACCGCCACUCGUGAAAGAAGAGGCCACGACUAAGUUCAACAAGGACCAGCAGGACUUUUACGACGCCCUCGAACGUAAACAGCGACUCAAAGUAAACGAGUUCAUCAAGGCUGGGACAACAAUGAGGCAAUAUAGUUACAUUCUCGUAUUACUACUGCGCCUACGUCAAGCCUGCUGUCACCCGCAUCUGAUCAAAGAUUUCGGUAUUCCGGAAGGCAUACAACUUUCAUCAGACGAGAUGCGCCGACUCGCUCAGAGGCUCAAACCCAGCGUCGUGAGGAGGCUCAAAGCACAGACUGAAUUUGAAUGCCCACUCUGCGACGAAGCAACCGAGAACCCCCUCAUAAUAUACUCCUGCGGUCAUUUGAUCUGCAGUACUUGUUUCUCUGCCAUGAUGGAGAUUCGAGAUCCGAAUUCCGAACAGCAGAAUAUUUGCCCGCAUGAAGAUUGCAACUCGGAAAUUCAUCCUGAACGGAUCAUCUGCCACUUUUGUUUCGUAGAGGUAUAUAUGCCUGAGAAGCUCGGAUUGGACGACAGUGAUGAUUCGGAUGGGUUCGAAAGUUUAGAGGACUCAGAUGACGAUGUAGAUGCACGUGGAAACUUGAAGGGCUUCGUCGUGUCGGGGGACGAGGACGAAGAAGAAGAUGAGGAAGACGAAGAAGAUGAUGAUGAGGAAGAAGAAGAUGAGGACGAAGAAGAGGAAGAGGAAAAGGAAGGAGAUGGUUCAGAUAUGGGAGAUGAUUCUAUUUCUGAGAAGGCGAAGCCUACAGAAGCCGAGACCUCUACCGACGCGAUAUGGAAGGAUGUCUCUGCCAACAAGGAGUCCUUAAAGGAAAACUCCGCAGAUGACUCCGAUGAUGAUUCCCUAAUGUCCUUGGAGAAAAUCUGGAAACAGGUUGAAGCAAUGAAGAAUAUCGGCAAAGACAAACCUGAACAGUCCAAGAAGCGCAAAGGCCCGUCCGACUCGGCGUCAGACGUUGAUGUGGAUACAAAGAAAGCAUCUCAGACCGGGGUUAAGCGAAAACGUUCCAAUCACGAGAAUGUUACUGCUUCAAAGAAGAGGAAGACGAACGGCGCGGCCAGCAAGCAGCGGCACCGAAAGGGGAAGAAUAAGUUCACCUCUAUGGCGGCUCUGAAGAAAGCCAGCUCAAGCAAUGCCGCCGCGAAGGCGAAAUAUCUGAAACGUCUCAGGAAGGAUUGGGUCCCAAGUGCCAAAAUUACCAAGACGAUGGAGAUUUUGUCUGCGAUUAAAGAAAAGAAUCCCAAGGAAAAAACGCUCAUCUUCAGUUUGUGGACAUCUUUCCUUGACUUGCUUGAGAUUCCCAUACAUGACCAAGGCUUCAAUUAUACGCGCUACGACGGAACAAUGCAUCAUAAUGACCGAGAUGCCGCCGCGAAGAUGUUCAUGACUAACCCCGAGGUACAAGUCAUGCUGGUCAGCUUGUCUGCUGGUAACGCAGGGCUGAAUCUCACGGCAGCAACCCAGGUCAUCAUACUCGAACCCUUCUGGAAUCCAUUUAUUGAGGAGCAGGCCGUUGACCGUGCCCAUCGUAUCGGCCAAAAGAAUGAGGUUACCGUCCACCGUGUCUUGAUCGAUGGGACGGUUGAAGAUCGCAUCUGCGCGCUGCAGGAGAAGAAACGCAAGCUAGUCAAUGCAGCCCUCAGCGAAGAGGGCGCCCGAGGCGUUGGCCGGUUGAGUCUUUCAGAAUUAAGGGGCCUAUUCGGUUUUCGCCAAUCUUGACCUACUUACUUCAGCACGAGUGAACUAUGCUAGUGUUCGAGGCAGGUAUCGUUGUCUCCUUAGCUUCGUUUCGGUUACAAAAUUGGUCAGCUACGGUUGGAUGGGCAGAGAGUACCUGUUCGAUCGAUCAUCUACUUGCAUUCGACACUUCUCUCGCGUCAUUUCAUUGAAUAUGGCUUAAGGAGGAUGCAU